AUGGAGUCCUUGAUGCAACGAAUCAAUGAACACAUCCGUGUGGAGGAUGAUGCCGCCUCCGCGACCGAGAAGGCUAAUCUGGUCGCGGCGGAUAGAAGAAUGACGGGGAAGGUUCACUCGGUCGGGCAGGAGGACAACCGCCCAAACGACCGGUCAAAAGAUCAAUGUCGUGGCUCAAACCACGAUGAUAGAAACAAAGGUCGCAGAAACGACCGAGCUAACGCUCCCCUUGAUGAAGAGGAAGACGCCAAGAGCAAGUUGAAGGCGCGAACUGGUAUCACCACGGUCUUUAAAAUCCCUAUUUACUGCAUCCUGAGUGAAAUCCGAAGCGAACCUUUCGUUCGUUGGCCGGCCAAGUUGAGGAGUACACAGAGAGGCUUCAACUCAAGAUAUCGCUGCACCUUCCAUGAGGAACGGGAGCACCGAACGGAGGAUUGCUUGCCGCUCAAACAACAUUUGGAGGAGCUGGUGGUGGCGGGACAUUUGGACCAAUACAUCGAUGGGGGCAUGAAAGCCACUCCACUGGGACAGACCAAACCAAACGGCCUAGUUACCCUGGACGCGGCACCACAAGGUGUAAUCAAUGUCAUCCAUGGCAUCAUCGAACCGACAAGGGUCUGUGAGCUGGGAGGGAUGAUCAAGAAAGCCGAGCACAUGAGGGAGGUGCUCUCCGUUCAGCUCGCUAUGAAGAAAGGAAAGACCAAAGAAAAAUAUAUCCUUACCUUUUCAAGUAAGGACUCUGAGAGAGUUCAAGUGCCUCACAAUGACGCCCUAGUAGUGACUCUUCGCGUCAAAAACUUCGACGUCAAAAGAAUUUUGAUUGACCAGGGGAGUUCAGUUGAAAUCAUGUAUUAUGACGCAUUCAAACAAAUGAAGUUGGAGGACAAGGAUUUAGCCCCUGCAACGUCUCCUUUGGUUGGCUUCAACUCUCAACCAGAAUGGCCAAUAGGAAAGAUCUUAUUGCCGGUCAAAACGGGUUCGGUCAUGAAGCAAGUAAAGUUCUGGGUGCUUAAGGUCUCGUCCACCUACAACUUAAUCUUGUGCAGAGGCUGGUUGCACGCCAUGUAA